AUGCAGAGCAUGGCCUCCUCCUCGCGUGCCUCCUCGAGCCUCCACGCCAGCAGCUCCGCCAGGGAGGGCAGCAUCACCAGAAAGGCUGUCGUCCCGAGGGCCCGGGCCGUGGCCACUCCCCCGAGCCAGGAGCCCCAGUCGCGCAGGCGAAUGUCCCAGAACGCGGUGGCCCUCGAGCGGGAGGUGCUGUCGUGCCCCUGGCCGCGCACAGCUCAGGCGUCCCGUGCAGUCCCAGAGGGGCGAGGCUUGCUAUCCAACACAGUGAGCGCCUUGCAGCAGCUGUGGUGUGGAGAAGGCGGCAGGCUCCCAGCAGAUGUCGAGGCGCUUGCUGGAGGCUUCACUGAUGCUGAGAACCCGUGCCUCCUCGAAGAUUCUGCUGAUGGACUCGCCCGGGUGUGGCGGUACCAGGGCUUCAGGCUGUGA